UUGGGGGAACAACGGGCUGGUGUUCCGUGAACAGUUUCUGAGCACAUGAUCUUUUGCCCCGCCGAUUCUGCUUCUCUUCCGCGGCGCAAGGCUUUGAUCGACUCUUGUUGGAUCCCGCUGCUGAUGAACCACCGAUUCGUGCGUCGACUCACUUCGUCCGCGCUCCAUUCUCGCAUCUUCUCUUCUAAUCCUCCAUUUUUCCGUUUCAACCCGUCCCCGACUCCUAAUGUCAUCCUUCCCAAAGCUCGCGUGAAGUCCCGGCUUCUUACUCCAAUCCCACUGGAUGAACUCCUCGCGCAGCACCGAAGGACUCGCCGCGGCCUCCUCGCCCCGACGUCCUCUAGGACGUCCGCGCAGGGACCUGGCGACAAGCACGACUUGGCUUAUGAGGUGUUCCCGCGACUCUUACGACAAGCACGUCUGUACAUGGACUCCUGCGACGCGCAAAGCCUCCACCUUGAGCUGAUCAAGAGAGGCUUCGCUGGAGACUUGUUCUUCUCAAACAAUUUGAUCAAUCUCUAUGCAAAAGCUGGCGACUUGUCGUACGCUCGUGAGUUGUUCGAUCAAAUGCAGGAGAGGAACGUGGUUUCUUGGACUUGCUUGAUCACUGGACACGCCCAGAACGGGUUCCUUGAUGAGGCAUGCAGAUUGUUCCGCUUGAUGAUUCGGUCUGGGCUUGAGCCCACUCGCUUCACUUUUGGGAGUGUCCUCCGAGCAUGUCAGGACUCAGGUCCUGAUCGGUUGUUUCUUGGAACCCAAAUCCAUGGGCUGGUCUCUAAAACAUGGCAUUUGACAAACACAACGGUGUGUAAUGCGCUGAUUUCAAUGUAUGGUGGUUGUCGUUUGGAUUCCACAUGGGAUGCCCAGCGAGUGUUUGAUUGGACACCAGCCAAGCAUUUCAUUACGUGGAACUCGAUCAUCUCCGUGCACUCACAGAGAGGGGACACCAUCUCUGCCUUUGAGCUAUUUUCAGGAAUGCAAACCGGACGUUUAGGAUGUUGUUUGAGACCCAAUGAAGCCACUUAUGGCAGCUUGAUAACUGCAACUUACUCUUGUUCUAAUGGUGGAUGCAUUCUUGAGCAAGUGCUUGCGAAUGUUUUUAAGUCUGGUUUCUCAAAAGAUAUCUAUGUGGGUAGUGCACUAGUUAGUGCAUUUUCUCGGUUUGGAUUGCUCGACAGAGCUAAGGAAAUAUUUGAACAAAUGGAUGAGAAAAAUGCUAUUUCUAUGAAUGGAUUAAUGGUGGGUCUCUUCAAGCAGAACCUUGGAGAAGCAGCAGUGGAGGUGUUCAGAGAAACAAGAGGUUCAGUAAUAAUAAAUAGUGAUUCUUAUGUGGUAUUGCUGAGUGCGAUCUCUGAAUUCUCAAAGUCAGAGGAAGGAAGAAAAAAGGGAAUGGAGGUUCAUGGUCAUGCUAUUAGGACUGGUCUGAUAGCCUCAAGCAUAGCGAUUGGGAAUGGGCUGGUUAACGUGUAUGCAAAGUGUGGUGCAGUUGAUGAUGCUGCUAAGGUGUUUGACCACUUGAAUGUGAAGGAUCAGAUUUCAUGGAAUACCAUGAUCUCUGGUUUUGAUCAGAAUGGGUUUUCUAAAGAGUCAUUGUCAAGCUUUCGUCUGAUGCUAAGAAAUGAUAUCCAACCUUCCAAUUAUGCAAUCAUUAGUACAUUGAGUUCAUGUGCAAACUUGAGGCUUUUAAGCGCAGGUGUACAGGUCCACUGCAUUGGAACUAAAUUAGGACUUGAUAUGGAUGUUUCUGUUUCAAAUUCACUUCUCACAAUGUAUGGAGCAUGUGGUAGGAUGUCUGACUGCCGGAGACUUUUCAGCUAUAUGACUAAGUAUGACCAGGUCUCCUGGAACAGUAUGAUUGGAGCAUUGGCCAGCAAUAAGGUAUUCCUGACUGAGUCAUUGAGGAUUUUCUUAGAUAUGACACGAAGAGGGUGGUACCCAAACAAAGUAACAAUCAUAAAUGUUUUUACUGCUGUGUCUGCACUAUCAGAUAUAGUAAUGUGCAGGCAAGUUCACAAUCUAGUGCUAAAACAUGGAAUGUCUGGAGACAUUGUUCUGGAGAAUGCUCUCCUAUCAAGCUAUGCAAAGUCUGGUGAGAUGGAUUCUUGUGAGUGUCUCUUCCGUAAAAUGGCUGAUAGGAGGAAUGAGGUGUCAUGGAAUUCAAUGAUUUCUGGAUAUAUUCAAAAUGGACUUAUGCAGAAGGCCAUGGAUUUUGUUUGGUUCAUGAUACAUAAUGGACCAAAGAUGGACGGUUUCACUUUUGCCACUGUUCUAAGUGCUUGUGCAUCCAUAGCAGCACUAGAUAGUGGGAUGGAAAUACAUACCUAUGGAAUAAGGUCUCAUUUGGAAACUGAUGUAGUAGUGGGCAGUGCACUGGUUGAUAUGUAUGCUAAGUGUGGAAGAAUUGAUUAUGCUUCAAGGGUUUUUGAGUCCAUGAAUUCGAGAAAUGAAUUCUCAUGGAAUUCCAUGAUUUCUGGCUAUGCUAGGCAUGGGAAUGGAGAUAAGGCUUUAGAGGUCUUUAGGAAAAUGCAACAAUGGGGUCAGGAACCAGAUCUUGUCACCUUUGUUGGUGUUUUAUCUGCCUGCAGUCAUGCGGGAUUGGUGGAAGAAGGGUUAAAGUAUUUUGAAUCUAUGAAGAACCAUGGCUUAGUUCCUCAGACGGAGCACUAUUCAUGCGUGAUAGACAUUCUAGGCCGAACAGGUAAGCUCAAUGAAAUGGAGGACUUCAUUAAAAGAAUGCCUGUGAGGCCAAAUAAUCUGAUAUGGAGGACUGUGUUAGUUGCUUGUCGCAGAUCAAAAGAUGGUGCUAAGAGUGGCAUAUGGAAACAAGCAUGUGAGAUGCUUUUGGAGUUGGAACCUGAAAAUCCGGUAAAUUACGUGCUCAUUUCUAGCAUGUAUGCAUCUAGAGGGAGGUGGGAAGAUGUAGCAAAAACUCGAACAGCUAUGAGGACAUUACCAGUUAAGAAAGAAGCAGGUCGCAGUUGGGUCACUUCACAUGAUGGACUUCAUGUUUUCGUUGCUGGAGACAGAUCACAUCCAAACACUGAAGAGAUUUAUGCUGAGCUACAUGUUCUGAUUCAGAAGAUUAGGGAUGCAGGUUAUGUUCCUCAAGCAGAGUUCACUUUAUAUGAUAUAGAUAUGGAGACAAAAGAAGAGUUGUUAAGUUAUCACAGUGAGAAGCUCGCAGUUGCUUUCGUCCUCACUCGCUCUUGCAGAGUCCCUAUACGUAUUAUGAAGAACCUUCGGGUAUGUGGGGAUUGCCACUCAGCGUUCUGCUACAUUUCUAAGAUUGUUGGACGAAAAAUCACUUUACGAGAUUGCAACAGGUUUCAUCAUUUUGAGAAUGGUAAAUGUUCAUGCGGAGACUUUUGGUAGCAAGUUAACCCACUAUUGUUUUGGAUGUUUGCACCCUCCUUCCAGCAAUUUCUGCAGCUUCUCAAUCCUGAGCUAUUUCACAUCUUUUGCCAUCACCACUUCCUCUAGUUCUCCAUAGCAAGGUGGUAUGUUUGAACCAUGAUGUUUGAUGAUAUAAACUGCUGGGUAUUAAGGUUGCUGCUAUAUUAAUGGUGCACGUGUUCAAGAAAGAACAAAUCAAGGAAGAGGUUACUAGAAAGAAAAACUUUUAUAUAUGGCAAUUCCAAGAUGCUGCAACGGAUUGGCUUCUCCAAUACCAAAUUGUAUGCCAGCAAAUGAAUGUGAGCCCUUUGGAGAAGGUGAGCAGUUUUCACAGCGAGGGCCAAGCAAGCAAAAUAGCGAAGCACAAUCUCAGGAAGAUGGAUUGGAUGGCUGAUCAAGAGGCGGGCAGAUAAAGAUCCCAGAAGACUUGAUGCAGCAAAGAGAAAGGUAAAAAUAGUUGACACAGGGAGCUUGUGAAUUUUAUGGUUCAAAUUCUUCUGACAGACUUACAGGACAGUUUCAGGUGUUGUGCAAACCAAUUCUAAGUCGGUAAAUGAUUUACGCAAUAAGCAAGAUUUUCCUCUCAGAACAAGUCCAUAUUUUAGAGUUGCAUAAAUUGUAUAUUUUCAUUCGAGUUGCAUCUCUAUGGAUUUGUGGGCAAAGUUAUUGUAAUUGUAGUUACAGAGUUCUCAUGUUCGAAAGGUAAAAGUUAAAGAGACAAGCUUCAAAGUCUUCGGUGUGAUUUGUAAAACUACAGCAAGCAGCUUUGUCAACGGAACAGAUUCUUCACGAAUGCGAAAAGCUGGUUUGCUUGGUUA